AUGGCACUCAUCACUCCUUUAACUUUAAUGCCACCAUUCCCAUUCUUAAUAUUAUUAUUUGUAGUUGCAUUCUCCACCAUCCUCUCAUCACAUGUCGUUUCAAGUGAUUCAGAAACAGAUUUGCUCCUCAAAUUCAAGAACUCCCUUCAAUUGCAAAAUGACAAUAAAUUAUCUUCAUGGAAUGCAUCAACCCCUCCAUGUUCAGGUGAUGAUGCCAAAUGGCCUGGCGUUUUGUGCUAUAACGGACACGUGUGGGGGCUGAAGCUUGAGAAUAUGAAGCUCAAGGGGAACAUUGAUGUUGACUCCCUCAAGGAGUUAUCGUAUUUCAGGACCUUAAGCUUGAUGAACAAUGAUUUCGACAGCACAUGGCCUGAGCUUAACAAUCUAUUGGGUUUGAAGAACAUUUACCUUUCAAAUAACAAGUUUUCCGGGGAGGUUCCUGCUCAAGCAUUUCAAAAUAUGCAAUGGUUGAAGAAAAUUUUCUUGUCAAACAACCAAUUCACAGGUACCAUUCCAUUUUCCCUUGUAUCAUUGCCUAGGCUCAUGGAGUUGAGAUUAGAUGGAAACAAAUUCACAGGCUCCAUUCCCAACUUCAGCCAAAAAUUUAAAUCAUUUAACGUAGCUAACAAUGAAUUAGAGGGAGAAAUACCAGCCAGCCUCAGCAACUUACCAGCUUCAUCUUUUUCUGGUAAUGAAAGGCUAUGUGGAGCUCCAUUAAAUACAUGCCCCUCCAACCAAAAGUCAUCAAUUGUGAGUAUUAUUGUGGUUGUGGUUCUUGUUAUUGUGGCACUCAUUGUGAUUGGAGCAGUAAUAUUAAUGGUCCUUCGUAGAAGAAGGAAACAACUACCAACAGUGUCAAGGGAAAAUCAAGAGUCCAGCAGGCACAGCCAUCAAAAGAAAUCAGGAAGUAGGGAAGCUUCGGAUGAAGGAAGUCACAGGUCUACAAGGUCCCAAGGUUCAACCCACAGCAGCAGAAGAGGAGACAAUAUGAGAUUGUCAUUUGUGAGGGAUGACAGAGAACAGUUUGAUUUGCAUGAACUGUUGAGAGCCUCUGCUGAGAUAUUGGGCAGUGGUUGUUUCAGUUCUUCCUACAAGGCUGCUCUUUUGAGUGGCCCCGUUAUGGUUGUCAAGAGAUUCAAGCAAAUGAAUAAUGUUGGAAGAGAAGAGUUUCAAGAGCACAUGCGACGUAUUGGAAGAUUGAAUCAUCCUAAUCUGCUUCCUCUCGUCGCUUACUACUACAGAAGGGAAGAGAAGCUUUUGGUUACCGACUUUGUUCACAAUGGAAGCUUGGCUGUUCGCCUUCACGGAUACCAAGGUCUAGGGCAACCAAGUCUUGAUUGGGCAACCAGGUUGAAGAUUGUGAAAGGCAUAGCAAAGGGUCUAGAAUAUUUGUACAAGGAGAUGCCAAGCCUAAUAGCGCCCCACGGACAUCUUAAAUCCUCCAACGUUCUUCUGGGUGAAUCUUUUGAGCCAACCCUCACUGAUUAUGGGUUGGUACCAGUGAUAAACCAAGAACUUGCUCCUGAUAUAAUGGUGAUCUAUAGGUCCCCAGAAUAUUUGCAAUAUGGCCGUGUUACAAAGAAGACUGAUGUGUGGAGUCUUGGGAUACUCCUUGUGGAGAUUCUUACUGGCCACUUACCAGCUAACUUUCUACAACAAGGCAAAGGAAGCGAUCAGUUGAGUUUGGCAAAUUGGGUAAAUUCGGUUGUCCCUGAAGAGUGGAGUAGUGAGGUGUUUGAUAAAGAUAUGGAGGUAACAAGAAACAGUGAGGGGGAGAUGGUGAAGCUUUUGAAGAUUGCAUUGGCAUGUUGCGAAGUGGACGUAGAAAAGAGGUUGGAUUUAAAAGAAGCUGUAGACAGAAUUCAAGAGAUAAAGGAAACAGAUAACGAAGAGGAUUUAGACUCUUCUAAUAAUGCUGAUGUUAAGUCUUCUUCAUAG